ACGCGGGCUCAAGCAGCACCUAAGCCAAAGUUCUCUUUCAAGAAGAAGAAUGCAUCUGCGAUCUCUAUCAACGAUGCAGCAGAAUUGGCAGCGAAANAGCGUCUUCUCCAACCAAACAGCAAUUUCUCAUCAGAAGUCUCCUCGUUUGCGACGACCCCAUUGACAAUGCCACAAACACCUGCCAAUGGACCCGCUAUCGAAGAAUCCAAACCCGCCGAAGCCACAUCUGAUGCCUCCAAUGGGAUUACUGAAGGCGUGCGGAAACUCUCCUUCUCCAAAGCUGACAAGAUACAAAUCUCAAACCACAACAAAAUUCACAUCAUGCUCCCGUCGUCGGCCACGCACGCAACAUCCGGAACUUCUGGUACAGUCACCAAUGUCCGUGACAGCGUGAUCGACAUGAGUAUCUCCGCAGCUUCUGCCUUUGCUAAUCUCACUCUGAAGAAUAUCAAGGGUUCGCUGAUAGUCUGUGGGCACGUUGACGGCUCUGUUCACAUUACGGGUGUCAAAGACUCGGUGUUGGUGGUAGCAACGAGACAAUUCCGCAUGCAUGAGAGUAAGAACGUCAAGGUCUAUAUGCUCUGCAAAAGCAGACCGAUCAUUGAGGAUUGCGAGGGUAUCGAGUUUGCGGAAAUGCCUGACUGCUAUGACAAGGACGUCAAGAAUCUGUACGACCAAGUUGACGACUUCAAGUGGCUCAAGGCAGAACACAGUCCAAACUGGAGUGUACUGGACACAGACAAACGUAUCCAAGACGAGAUUUGGACAGAUGUCGUACCAGGAAGCCCUAAGAGUGGUGUGGAGGAAAUUCUCAAGGCAGUUGGACUAUGA